UUGUUGGGCGCCGAUGAUAUGUAUUGUAUUGCUCAACAAAAAAUAGGCGCAAUUCGCAGGUGUUGGAUUGUUAUUGACACAAUGUGCACCAACAUAGCAUUAUCUUUGUCGGCAAUCUCUGUGUAUCAUCAGUAUCUAUAAAGUGUUCAUAUCAGUACUCCUCACAAUAAUUGCUCAGAACGGUCUUUCGAAUGUAAAUUCUCAGUGGCGUUUUGUUGGAACCAAGCGACAACUUUAUAUGAUUCUCUGCUACAAAUAUACGUACUUUUAAUUAAAGGAAUUCAGAAAAGCAGACCAUUGUACUGUCCAUUUUGUUUUGUUUUAUGUUAUUACCAACGAUUGGAACAGAAGGAAAUUCACGACUGUGCGGAUUUCACUAGAUAGGUAGAAGUAAAAGUAACGUUUCCGAGGCCACCGCAAGAAAUUGAUUUUUUGGAAUUUCCGCCCAUACGCCUGCUAUGUUCCACGACUUGAAGUUAAUUACGGUCUCUUUGAUUGGUGGGAAUUAAUCAACUACAGAUUUUGUGUAUCAAGAAAAGUGAUAAUUGUCCUAUACCCUAAAUUAAAUUGAAAACGAGACUGGUCCCAGAAUUGCAAUGUGAUACUUCAAGGGCGCUGUAAAAUUGUCGUUUCAAAUAGGAUAAAUUCAACCACAGCUCUAUAUAUUCAUCAAAAAGCAAAAAGCUUCCUCGCCUCAGUCCGAAAUCCAAGAAAAAAAUAAGUCGGACGAAAAACGAAAUGGACACGAAAAAUGGCGACCCCAACAAGAAAAUGGCCAACGGCUUCACUAGCCAAGAAAACCAUGAUAUGAAACAAGCUUUUGAACUUUUUGACAAAAACCAUGAUGGCAAAAUUUCCAGUGACGAACUAGGAAGGGUUUUACGGACCCUUGGUCAUAACUACUCCCAGGAGGAAGUAGAAGACAUGAUAAAGAAUGCGGACACGAAUGAAAAUGGAUUCGUUGAAUUUGACGAAUUUGUAGUUAUGAUGAGGAGGUGGACGCACAAUAGCGUAGUAGAGGGCGCUGAUGGAGUCUCGACGUCGUCAUCGUCAUCUAAAUCAGAGAAACAACUGGAGGCAUUCCGAGUGUUUGACAUGGAUGGAAACGGGUAUAUUGAUAAGCAUGAACUGAGGUACACCAUGAGGCGACUUGGCGAGAAUUUGUCAGACGAAGAUAUUAAAGAAAUGUUCAAGGAGGCGGAUCUAAACGGAGAUGGUCUAAUAGAUUACAGCGAAUUUUCUAGAUUACUGCACAAUUUUUUACCGGAGUAACCGCAGCAUUGUGAUGGGUCUUGUUGUUGACGAAAUAAUACCAAUGAUGUCAUCAGCUUCCGUUAUCUGCUAAUUUCUACAUAAUUAUUACCGGAACAGAGUAUGUGGAGUAUAAAUUAUUCUGAAUUCCAGCCACGGGAAGUUAAACUCAUGAUUUGAUAACUCGUACCUCAUUGAACGCAGUGGAUGCCUGACAUUUACUCAUCGACGGAGUUGAUAGUACAAUACAUUCCAUUGGUCAAAGAGGCGAUCACGUGAUGUGAUGCAACAGCUCUCAUUUCCAAUCAGAGAAUAUUUUGUCUCAUUCAAAAGCUCAGCGACUGUAUACUUGUGGGCAACAUCAAACAUCUGUAUUCACAUUCAGCUGUAUUUAAAUUUCACUUGGAAAUAAUUGAAGUAAUUAUUAUAGAUGUUAAAACAUUUUCAGUGUUCAUAUGUUCAAAUAACAUAUGACCACCUUUUAUAAAAUUCUAUUCAAAAUUAAUAAAUUGAUAAAGUUAGAAAGCUUUAGCAAUCAUACACAACUAGCACACCUUCUAUCGGCAAAUAAACUGUCAAUAAAUUAGCGAUAACUUUUUAGAACAAUUAUAUGUAACUGUUUACAAUUUGAGGUUGACGCAUGAUUUGUUGUUGAUUGCUGAAUAUUUAUAAGAGAAUUACCCUGUUACGUGUAUCAUCAUUUGUCGUUAAUACUGAUGUUUAACUUUUUAACCAUUUCAUUUGAAAUGGGAUGUGUUUGUCCUUCACCUUGUUAACUGGAUUGUUCUUUUUUUUAUUUUUAUAUGUAUUUGACUUUAUCAAUUUUCUUUUGUGUGUGAUAAUCAGAAUAUUUUCAAUAUUUCUCCGCCAAUUAUGGACGAUUUAUUUUUGGUGAAUACAAGGAGAAAUUGUUGGUAUCUAGAAACCUUGUGCUAAGUUAAAAUUAAUAGAUAUAUAUAUGUAUACUUAAUGUAUGUAUACUUAAUGUAUAGAAAGUUUUAUUUACAAGUUUGUGAUAUCUAUGGUACUUGACUUAUUAUAUGCAGAAUGAUAUCACGUGAUUCAAAUAAUGUUAAUUUCAUAGUACUUCAAGGGAAAUAAGGAAAUUUUCCUGCGAAUUAUUUAAUUACUUAAUGGAUGUCUUCCUGUCUUUAAAAUUAAAAAAAAAUGUUUUUCUUAGCUAGAACAUGAUUUUUCUAAUUUUAGGGUUUAGAAUUUUACACCGAUUUACUUUUGAAAUCCAAAAGUAAAAGUAAAAGAAGGAUUUGUCUGUGAUGAUCUCCCAAAGGAACCAGAGUGUUGUUAAUAAUUACAAAUAUUGUAAAUACAGUUUACAUUACACUUAAUAAAACAAUAAACCAUUUUUGAGUUCUCAGAA